AACAUCCCACCACAUAGAGAAAGAGAGAGAGAGAGAGAGAGAGACUGAAUUGCAGAGAGAACACUGAACGAGGUGCUCUCCCUCUGGUCGGGUCUCCGCUAAAGCCAACAGUCUCCUUCCCCCCCACUCACCAUUAAUAUUAUUAUGAGCAGCCCCCCCUCUUCUUCCCCUUCCCCAAACAUCAGCCAUCAUCAGCUUCUGCUGCUUCACCCUCCCCUGCAACCCCAACCCCAACAACAACAAGAGCAAGAAGAUCCGUCACCUUCUUCCAAUUGCAACGAUGACAAUAUUUCUGAUCUCUCCCAGGGCCAAACCCUAAGCAAUAAUAGCGGCAACAGCACCAGCUCCGCCACAGCUGCCGCCUCCUCCAGCCCCCUCGCCUCCACCGCCGAUAACGCAUGUAGCUCCACCAGCACCGCCGGCGGCCGCAAGGGCAAGGGCAAGGGCAAGGGCGGCCCCGAUAAUAACAAGUUCAGGUACAAAGGGGUGCGGCAGCGGAGCUGGGGAAAGUGGGUGGCGGAGAUCCGCCAUCCCCGAGGCCGGAGCCGCAAGUGGCUGGGAACCUUCAACACCGCCGAGGACGCCGCCCGUGCUUACGAUCGUGCAGCCCUCAUCCUCCACGGCCCUAAGGCCCAGCUCAACCUCCAGCCUCCUCCAUCCUCCGCCUCUACUGCAGCAUCCUCCUCCUCCUCUUCGUCCUCCUCCACGACCCAGACCCUCCGCCCACUCCUACCCCGCCCUUCCAACUACGGGGCCGGCAGCCUGCCCUUCGCGGGCUACCCACCUUACGCGGCCUACUUCACCUACCCUAGCACCACCCCACACUUCGGCGCCCUGCAAUGUUCCAAUACCACGGUAGUACCAAAUAACUCACAGUGCUCCUCGGGGUGGUCAGAACUGCAGGCACAGCACGACAAUUAUCGGCGAGCUCUGUGUUCGGAAGAGGUAGCAAGGGGAACGGGAGAGGACCACGCGGUUGUCGCUGCUGUCACUGCACCAAUCCAAAACCCUAACCCUAGUUGUGAUGAUCAGCAUCAUCAGGAACAGCAACCACAGAUCCAUAUUCAGAACCCCGGUGAUGCAAACUCGCUCAUCGGCUUGGUGGACGCGAGCCUCUCCCUCACUUCACAGGCAGUGUCGUCGCCUCUGGGGCCAGAUCCAGCAAUUGUGGCCAGCGGCCCAGGCUCACCGCCGCCUCCGAUGUGGCCGCUAACGAAUGAGGAGUACCUCCAGCAUGGCCUCUGGGACUACGGCGACCCUUUCUGGUAUGAUUUUUGAGCAAACCCGGGUCUCAGGAGAAAAGAGAUUUAUUAUACAUAUAAUAGGUAGAUGAAAUAUUUGGAUCAAAAGCAAUUAUAUAUGAAUUGAUAUAUUUUUAGUUUGCAAAAGAUGAUGUGGAUGGAUAUAUCAGACAUCCAUGAUUCUUUCAAAUAGUCUACAUGCGAAGAUUCUUCGGUUAUGAUCGGGAUCAUUCGAAGAGGCUAGCAUGCCAUUUUCGAUUUAAAAUUUGCAGAAAUUGUCCAAGUAUAUCAAGGAUGCACGUGGAACUGCUGCGUAUGUGGAACAGUUGAUAUUGCAACAGUAAGUAAAUUCUCUGAUUCAAGAAGUUCAGGAUCACCGUAUUACAUUGGGAUUUUUUUGUUGUUUCGUGUUGAAAGAUUCAGAGGAAGCGGUUUCCUUUGAUUCAUUAUCAGAUGACAGCAAUCUCCAAGAGGGAAUUUACAUUCAUAGGCUGUUGGUCUUGGUGUUCUUCUUCAUGAUUCAACUUCAUAGUCAAUAGGUUAGGGAAAGAUUUAGUUUUUUUUUCUUUUCCCUUGAGGUAUUUUUAGAUUCUAAUUAGAUCUUUCCCAGUUUUACUCCCCACCCCCAGUUGAGGCUGAAGCAUGUACUUAAGAAUCAUUGUAUCCUAUUGUAGUAAUUGGAAUAAUCAAUUCAAUGUUGAGCCAAAAAAAGAAAAAACAAUGAAUUUCUUAAUUAGUUACAUAUUAUCAUCUCUUCUAAACGAUCAAUCCAUUUGCAAUUAGUUUUUCUAGCUAAAACUGCAUUUGAUUCCUAAAUAUUCUCACUGUAAGUCAUUGAAUUAAAACUCCAUACGUAUCGAAUGCGACACAUCGGCGAUCGAGAGUUGGUGCAUUUUAGCCUAACUAUUUGGGACUCAAGUAAUCGAUUGAAAGAGUAGGGAUUUUGCUAAUCUUCAAUGUUUCUCAUUCUCUUCUAGGAAACCAAGAUGAGAAUAUAGAUAUGCUCCUUUUUAUUUAUGUAAUAAGAUGAAAUGUUUCUUGGGUGAAAUAUAUGUGCAUAUGUUUAUACAUUUCUUAUCUAUGUCUGCCAUAUAUUUACUAAGGUAAGAGAAAGAAAUCAAUUUUAAACCUAUAUAAUGGUAAUGCUCUGCAUACAUUUUAAUUUCUCAUGGGAGAUGAGCAAUUUUUUUUUUCUUUUUUUUUGGGGUAAGGGGAUAUAAGUAAUUGUAUGCGCUCGCACAUAUAGUGGACAUGUAUUGGUUGGUGGAAUAUAUGCUGCAACUCCUGAACUCCUGGAAACCAGUGUAUGUAUGUGUAUACAGUACGCAGGAGAUAUGACAUUUUUUUAUCAGUUCACAAUAAUAUGUGUUGUA